AUGAAAGUAAGGUCGCACCCUUUACAAAACGAUGUGUCGACAGACAGAUUAGAGAACCCAAGUAUUGCAUGUUCUGUGAAGCUAAUAUGGAUACGCCCAGCAACACGAGUAACCAUUCUAGGAAAAGAACAUCCAAAAGCCCCCGUCGGCCUUGUUGGCAAUGCAAGAAACGCAAGGUUCACGCACAUGUAAGCCAAACCAGUAUGCCAUCAUUGGUUGGCUUGGACCAAAGUCUUUCAGGGUCUGCAGAUGAGGAGAGUACAUGCUCAGUGCAUAUGGCGGAAAGACUGAGCAAGCUUGAGCAGCUCUUUGAAAGAUUUGUGUGUCGCAAGAGUUCGACGAAUACCACACCGAGUGGCCUGCAAAGUCCGCCCUUGAUUGCGUCAGGAUCGGGCGAGAAGAUUAGCAAAUGGUGUAGGUUAGGCUUGCCAAGCGAUGUGCGGAGCGAGUCGUCGAUAGGAGACGGCAUUCUCGGUGCACAAACAUGGAAUUCGGCACCUUCGAUACAAACGCUUGUGGACAAGCAAGAGCGCAAAGAAUCACUUGAGGUAUAUGACCAUGCCCAUCGAUCGUUGGUGGCUCUGCUGCCGUCACAACGCGACGCAGAUAUUGUGUUUGAGUCAUCGAACGGCUGGAUGAUACUCGAGAACAUUUAUCGAGCGUCGGAAGAAAUCUAUGUGCGCAAAGACAUCCAGUCAUACGCCCUCGACAUGCAAGCAGUUGCUCAGGAAAGAUCAAUCAUUGUGGCUCGGACGCUUCUGCACUUGGCCAUCUGUCUCAACUCACUCCCGGCUGACUUUGAGAUAUCGCGACUGUCAAGCAUACACGACUUGGACGCAACCAUGCAGAGCUAUAUUGCAACGGUAACAUCUAUUGUUGCCUCGUCAGACGAACAGAUGAUGACACUGCACGGGCUUGAGACGAUGCUUCUACUCGCAUUCUACCACUUGACUAACGCAUCACUGAGGCAGUCGUGGCUGGUGGUUCGACGCGGCCUCAACCUGGCCCAUCUCAUGGGAUUCCAACGCAUUAUAGCGCAACCAGACCAUAAUCCACCGAUUCCGACGGUGUCGAAUGCAAAGGGCAUAUGGCGUAGCUUUGUUGAUGUGGACCGGUAUUUGUCUCUGCAUCUUCGGCUUCCUUUUGGCGCGGAGAAUUAUCCAGUGCCAGCGGACGCGGACUCGCAUCUUCAACACCGUGCGAAACUCAACGACAUCACUCAGCAGGUGGCGGAGCUGGACCGCGAAGUGUCGCCGCAAGGGUACUCUGCAGCACUUAAACUGGAUGAGAAGCUCGAGAUGUAUAUGCGACAGAUGCCAAAAGAGUUUUGGGAGGUGCCGAAUAUUCCGCCUACAGCACGAUCGCCUGAAUCGUCAGCAGCACUGGAGCGACUGAUCGUGCAGAUGUUUCACUUCGAGACACGGAUGUUUAUUCACCUGCCAUACUUACUGCGAGCUCAACAGGAUAAGCGAUACGACUACUCCAAGGUGACAGCACUGCACGCAAGUCGCAACCUCUUGAUGCGAUGGUUUGCACUGCGAAACGCCAACAUGACGCAGGCGUGCUGUCGAAUGGCGGAGACGGCCGUAUUUAUUGCGGCUGUGACGCUUACGUUGGACAUUGUGAUUGAUCUGAGCUCAAAAGACAAGAUGGAGGUGCAACACACAAAGGGAACAGAUUUUGCCAUGAUAUGCCGAUUGAUUGGCGAGAUGGAGAAGCUGGCUAAGGCGGGAGGAGCACGGGAAAAGAUAGCAGCUCACAGUGCCAUCGCACUGAAGAAGAUGCUAUCGUCGUUGGAUCCGAACCGACAGGCGACGGGGAGCACACGACACACGCUGCCAUUUUUCGGGACAGUGGAGAUGGAGUUUCAAAAGCCGCCGGUGCGGACGGGGUUCGACAUUGACUCGGACGCCGGGAAGCUGAUGAAUGCGACGGCAUCUGGCGAUCGUCUGCCCAUCUUCUCGUUUACUCACAAUUCGCUGUGGCCAACAUCGGGAUGUGGGACAGGAUCGAUGGUGGAUUGGGAUAUCGUGCUGUUUGAUGGAUUGGAGGAUCAAGACACGGAGGGCAACUGGGUGUUCUAGGUACAGUAGGAUGGAUGGGAUUACUGGCGGUCGGGGCGGCAGUGGCAGUGGCAAAGUGGGGUCAGAGCGGUGGUUGUCAGAAGGCAGGCGGUGGUUAUCUGGCGAUUGUGUCGAGUGGGUGCCACUUCAUCGUGCGCCCGGCCUGGGUAACGCAGCAGGUCAUGGAGGCUUUUGUUUUUUGUAGGAUUACUGGCCACGGCAUGGCUCACGUGGGUUGCUAGGCGCAAGGGGUGGUGACCUGGGUUGUGGGUUUGGCUUGGCGUUUCUGAUUGUGCAAGCGAGUGUGUUUGGAGUGAUUGUGUUUUUGGGUUUGAGCUGGCGCCUUUAUUUAGACGAUAGUGGACAUGACAUGGCCGUGAUUAAUACAUACUACUACAUGCUUCCUUGUAGGAGCAU